UAGAGAAACGGUGAGUUCUUGGAUUCAUGGAUUCGCGCGGAUUCAUGCGUGCGAACGCUGCACCGCAAACAAUUUUGCUCAGUCCACGUGAAGGCAGUAGCAGUUAGUAGUCUCUCCAUAAAAGCAAACACAAUGCCGCGCCUCUUUGUUGGAGGCCUGAGUGGCCAGGUGGACAAAAAGGCCCUUGAGUUAGCAUUUUCAAAAUUUGGCCAUGUCUCCAAUGUAGACUUCAAGGAAAAAACAGAUCCAGAGGGCAAUGUUAUGAUGAAAUUUGCCUUUGUUAGUCUGGAAGAACAAAUGUACCAGGUCCAAGAGUGUGUGAGACAGAUGAAUGGCUCUUCAUGGCUUGGGUCACAGCUGAGAGUGGAGGUUGCCAAGGAGAGUUUCUUGGAUCGCCUAAAGAGGGAACGUAUGGAAGCGCAACAAGAGGAGGGAAAUGAUCUUUUAUCAUUUUCCAUGGCUAAUAGAUAUAACAGAGAGGAAAGCAGAUGGAAAUAUGACUAUAACCAAGGGAUGAAUGAAAAGAGUUUGAAUCAAAACAACUGUCAAGAAAAUUUCAAUUGGGGCAAGAAAAGAGAAAAACCCACAGAAAAAACAUAUCAGAAGCAGGGUGACUCUCUUAGCACCAGAUCACAGCCAAAGAAGAGGAAUGCAAUAGAGGAAACUAUGAUGACUAGCUUCAAGAAUUACUCCUCAGUGUGGAAUGACAGUGAGGAAGAUUCUGGUUAUGGGAAAGACAAUAGGCCCAGAAAUAAGGCUGAAUCCAAAGAAUUAACUGAUUCAGAUGGAGGAACAACCGCAGAUGAAGAAGAGGGAGAGGGCCAUGAUAUGGGAGAUGUCAGGAAGGAGCAGCAGGCUCAGCUGAGACUACUGGAAACCAUGCAAGGCUCAAAAAAGGGUUCGGCAAAUUUAAGGUCAUUGGCAAGUUCUGGCCAUAACAGUGAUCUUCGGCCAAUCAUCAGGUUUGACCCAACCAGAAUGAAGCCUCAGCCAAAAGCGCAAUCAAAACAAUCCUUUGUACCAGAGGACAGACCCAUUUUGACAGAUGAUUCAAAGUAUGUGAAGGUUUCAAAGGACCUGGAUUUCACACAAAAAUCAUCUGGAUUUAGUCUCCUAGCACAAUUUGGUAAACUUGAGGAUGAAGAAGAAAUCGUUGACAUUCAAGAGCAUGCGCCAGCUGUUACACCUCAACGUGUAGAAAUUAAGCCACAGGUUGAACACCCAAAAGGAGUCAAACAAUACAAUUUCUUCAUUACAUCCAGUGAUAGACAUAUAAAAGAUGCCUUCAAAUGGAUGAUUCAGGCAGAUAGAAGAGAUGUGAGUGAAGAGUUCUACAAAGUACAACCUGAGUUACGUUCCUUGUAUAAAAGAAGAGCUUCCCAUGCUGUGGAGAGACGCAAGGAAACCAGGGGAAGAAAUAAUUACAAUUACCAUGGAAAUGGAGCACAAGUUUCUCUUGGCUCAGAUCAUAGGUGGAGGGAUAGAGAUGGCCACUCCAGAUAACAUAUAUGUAUUUGUUUUGUUAAUAAACCUCGCUAAUUCA